AUUUAAUGUAAUGUAUGAAUGAAGCUCCUUAGCUUUAACAAAGGACAUUUAAUGAAAAAUUAGGACCUUCAAAUCAAGAAUAAAUGAAUUUAAACUCUUAAAAAUAGGUAAAAGGCUUGAAUUGCUAUAAAUCAAAUAUUUUAAUUGAUAAAAGUGAACCUUUUAUUGAAUAAAAACAUUUCGGCACUAAUUAAACUUUUAACUAUUAAGCUCAAUCACUAUAAUAAGGAAAAGCUAUAAACUUGCUUAAUUAAAUCUAAAAUAAGCAAUAAUAAAGUGAAAUUGAACAAUCUAGAAAAGAAAAAGAAAGUCGCAUUUAAGAUCUAAUGAAUAUUGCAUAAAAGGCAGUUUAAAGAAGAAAGGAAAGAAUUUUUGAGAAAUAUUUGUAGCCCAAUUAAAAUAUAAUUGAUGACUAACUAUGA